GAAAAGUAACCGUCUGUUCCGUACAGUUCUGUGUGAGUUGAUUAGAGUCAAUCCUUAGGGAAAAGUACUUAGGACCGCCUUAGUGUUUGUCUAAUUGCAUCAUUUUUGGAGAAUAAUUGCAUGUUAUAAGGGAGGAGAAAAGAUGUCUAUUGAAAAGAUGGAGGAUACGUUGGAUUCAAUCCGACCAUCAGAAAUUCCGACAGAGCAAGAAGAGAUAUCAUAUUUAUUUAGCAGAGAUCCUAGUAUUUUAGCAUAUGGUCAGAGGAGACCAUUAAUUUCUGAUGGAUUAAAGAAAAAUCUAAUAUCACACUAUGACGAUGAGCAAACAGAUUUAAGGGAUGAUACCACUUCAUCCUUAUCAUCAUUAUCUCAAACUGUAAAAGUUUAUCUGCGCGUCAAACCAUAUCCAAAAAGGAUAGAAUUAACAGAGGAACAAAAAGAAGCAUACACAAUUCUUAAUACAACAACACUAUUAACAAAGCUACCUUACAUAGAUACGAAUGCUAGCUGUCUUAAAAGGGCAAAACAGAGUGAAACGGUGUGCCGAAAAUUCACAUUCACGAAAACAUUUUCAUCUACAAUAUCCCAAUUGGAACUCUUUGAAAAUGCCAUUAAACAGCAAAUGGUUGACUUUUUGGCUGGUCAAAAUUCAACAGUCAUGUCUUAUGGAACAACUAAUUCUGGAAAAUCAUAUACAUUGCAGGGAACUACAGUGUCACCUGGAAUAAUUCCACGUGGCUUAGAUUUUGUAUUUUCUAACAUUGAUCCAAAAUCUGUACCAUGCUAUAAGCCGGUACAUUAUUGUGAUGUUAUCUCUUUAAAUUCGAGUGAGCGCCUUCAAGAGCUUGAAUCUAAAACUAAAAUUUUAUGUCUAUCACCAAUUGACAGAAAUCAAUGUAUGAAUGCAUAUAAGGAAAUGCAGAAAUUACUUGAAGAGGAACAUCCAAAACGAGAAAGUGUCUCUGUCGAUGCUCAAUACUCAGUAUGGGUGUCAUUUGCUGAAAUCUAUAACGAAACAAUCUAUGAUCUUUUAUCAGUUGAACCUCAAAAAAGAAGAUUACCAUUAAAGCUCGCCACUGAUAAUCGUGGUAGAGCAUUCAUUAAAGGUUUAAAAACAAUUUGUGUUAAUUCUGGCGCUGAAGCAUAUCAAAUUUUAAUGGCAGGUCAGCACAACCUAAAAGUUGCCACUACGGCAUUGAAUUCAAGAAGUUCACGAUCUCAUUGUAUAUUCACAAUCAAGCUUUUAAAGUACUAUGCAGAAAAUGCUUCUGAUAAGGUUGAGAUAAGCACAUUAUCAUUUUGCGACUUGGCGGGAUCUGAAAGGUUAAAAAAGACUCUGAAUGUAGGUGACCGUUUAAAAGAAGCCCAGAACAUUAACACAAGUCUGCUAGUCCUUGGUAGAUGUCUCAAGUCAAUCUAUGAAGGACAAACUCUAAAGCAAAAGCAAGAUAUUAUUGGGCCCUUUCGUGAAUCCAAGUUGACGAGACUCUUUCAGAAAACUUUAUCUGGCAAAGAACAUCUAAUUCUGAUAGUAAACAUCAACCCUUCACCAGAUUUAUAUAUCGAAACCCAAAAUGUCCUAAACUUUUCUGCCAUCGCUAAAAAGAUAAUUAUUGAACCAAAGGAGGUAAAGCGGAAAGCAGCAACGUCAAGAUUUUCACAAAUUGUAACGCAAAGCAUCAAGACUUGUACAGAUUGGGAUACGGCAGAUUUAAAUAGUAUAAGUGAAGAGCAGGAGUCAAUUGCAGCAUCACAUAAAUCCUACGAAAACAUUUAUCUUGAGGACUAUGAAGACGCCUUAAAUGAGAAUGAGAAAUUAAGAAGAGAAAUAGAGCUUUUACGCUCGUCAGCUUUCAAUAGGGACUUGGAAAUUCGACAGGAAAUGGCUGAAACUUUUAGUUCUAUAAUGUCUCAAAUGGAAGUGGAAUGGAGGGACCGUAUUAAAAGCGUAGAGGAGCAACAGGACUCCUUACUCCAAUGGUCUGUAGCAAGAACCGAAGAUUUUUACAAAAAUAAACUCGUCCAGUUGGGGAAAAGAAAAAGGACGUAUUCCAGUACAAAUGAUGAGAGCGAUAACGACGACAGUGAGGAAUUAGAGUUAGAAAAUAUCCGCUUGAAAGCAACAGUCGCAGCUUUGAAAAAAGCAGUAAAGGAAAUACGAGACUCGAAGGAUACACUAUCCGCCGAUAAAAGUAAAGCUACAUUCGAAUUGGCUAUAGUGAAAGAAGAAUUAAAGAAUCUCAAAAACCUUCUAGAAGCAGCGCAAAAGGAUUGUAACGGCGAAGCGCGUAAUUAUAUAGCAGAACUAAAGGUUCUAUUAGCAAAAAAGGAUGAACAGAUUAAGAAUCUGAAGAUGUUCCUUGAUGAAGCCAAGGAGGAAUAUAUUACCAUAACAACCGACGCAAGGGAGAUGCAAAAUCGUUUGAAAUUGCAGAACAAAACUAUUGUUGAAAAUAUGGACCAAAUUGCUGAAUUGGAAGAGCAAUUGGAAUAUGCAAAUAUUCAUCUACCACAGAAAACCAAAGCUGUGGAAGUUCUGGAGGAAAAAAUUGAAUUUCAAACAAAGAACUUGAUCAAAUUUGAAAAUAUUCUUGCAGAUAUGCAGAAUAAAAUUAGUCAGUUGGAAACUGAUAAAAGUGCUCUGAUUGAAGAAUUGGCUAAGCUACAAGAGAUCAGAAUUGAUUACGAUAAGAAAUCCACUCUUACAUCUUUCCAAGACGUUGAAGUUAAAACCGAGUCGCAAGAAGAAAAGAUUGAAGACCAUUUGAAGACCGAAGAACGUCUUCAACAAGAAAUAAUGAGCAAGCAAGAAGAGUCGCAUCAGAAUUUGGAAACACAGGAAUCUAUAAGCGAAAUGAAACAAAUGUUAUGCGACAAUGAAAAGCAAAUCAAAGAUUACGAAAGUAACAUUAAAUCAUUAAAAGAAGAAUUGGUUUCCAUUACGAUGGAGAAAGAGAAUAUUCAAUCUGAAUUGAAUCAGGUUCAAAAUAGUAAAGAAUCGUUAGAGUUAAAAGUGAUCAAGAGUGAAAAAAAUAUCUCUGAAUUAGAAAAGGCAAUAAAAGAGAAUGCGGAUAGAGAAAUUCAAAUUAUACGGGAUCUAGCAACGGUCCGUGAUAAAUUGAGUAGCGCUUUAUCAAAGGAGAUGAAUUAUGAGGAGGUAAUACAGAAAUUGGAAAAAGAACUAACUGCGGUAAACGAAAGAUAUGAAAUUAAAGCCAAGGAGACGACAACCAAAGAGCAAGAAAUGGAGAAUGAAAUUGCGAAUCUACAAAAGGAGCUUAAAAAUAUGAUUCAGCUGAAUGCCGAUUCCAAGACAGACCAAGAAAUGGAAGCAUCAAUGAAGAAUGUAUUAAAGCAAUUAACUGAAACGAAAGAAGCUCUGGCCAAAAUGGAAUCAUUAUACAAAGAUACUGAAACAGAAAAGGAAUUGUGUCAUCGUAAAAUCGAAAGCAUGACACUUCGCCUACAACAAUACGAACAAAAUGUGAAGAUUUUAGAUUUAUUGCAACAAAAUUGUCAAGAGCGGCAGAUUGAAAAUGAGCAGUUAAAAAAGAUGAAUGACGAAUUAAAAAAUAGUCUUGCUGAGCAAGAUCGUGAAAUGGAAGCUUUUAGAAAGAAUAGAGAAGAAAUGGCUGCGAAGUAUGACAAUCUGAUAAAAUCGCAACAAGAAGAAAUCGAAAAACAGAAAAAAGAGGUAAUGAAAUAUCGACCGUCGGUUGAGGUGACAUCAGAAAAAAAGCGGACAGCACGUAAAAAGAAAUUAUUUGUUCAAUCGGAUGAUACAGCUGCUGAUAUUGAUCCAUGUGAGACUAUUCCACCGUCGCCAGUACCUUCAACCUCAACGCGUAGCUUGAGGACACGGAGAAAAUGAAUUUUUUCAUUUAUAUAAAUGAAAUGUUAAUAAAUAGCAAUAUCCGUAUUUUUUUAGAUUGUUUUUUUAUAUUUAUACUGAACAGUAUUGUUACUUAAAGACUGAAUAAAGAAUAAUUUAUUAA